UAAACCAAGUAUUCUUUCUUUUUAUUUAGCAUAUUACACAGAUAUCCCGAAGAUAAUCUAUGCCUCCAGGACACAUUCACAGCUUACCCAGGUCAUUAAUGAGCUAAAGAACACCUCUUACAGAAAAAAGCACAGAGAAAGAACUUGUGAACACAAUUUUGGAUGUGAAAGAUUUAGUGAAAAAUGGCAACAAGCACAGAGUUUGCCCAUACUAUUUGUCUCGGUCACUGAAGCAGCAAGCAGACGUUAUCUUUAUGCCCUAUAACUAUCUGCUAGAUCCAAAGAGUCGAAGAGCGCACAACAUCGAGCUGAAGGGAGCUGUGGUCAUUUUUGAUGAAGCCCACAAUGUGGAGAAGACGUGUGAGGAGUCUGCCUCGUUCGACCUGACUCCUUAUGACAUCGCAACAGCAAUCGAAGCUGUGAACCGAGUGCUUUCAGAACAGGCCAGGAAGGUCGGGCAGAGUGAUGAAGAGUUUCACAUGGAAGCGGCUGUCUCAGGUUUGCCCUUGCCAGCUUGGCAGUUUGAAAUACAUUCCUUGAGGCCUCUGCUGACAUGUAUCUACGCUUACUGUUUAUCUAACUUACAAAUACCUACAAUUUUUGCUGGACUGAAAAUGGAUGUCGUUGAUAUAGCUAAAAUCAAAAUGAUUCUUCUGGAUCUUGAAGCUGCCAUUGACUCAAUUGAUCUACCUGUAAAUGGCAUCAAGCCAAGUGUAACACACCAGUGUACUGCAAGAAACAACAAGGCCUGUGACAUGGAUUCCCCCUUGCCAAGGACUUUAAUCACAAGUAUAGCCCAGUCACAAGGUAUCCUAAUCUUGGUCAUGCUUUCUUACUUUCCCAUGGUUGUACAGCUUUUUUAUUUUUAUUUCAAAGCCAUUCAUAAUUUUCUAUUAAACAAAAUAAACACAAAUUUAUUUUUUAUAUACAGCUUUAUAUUUGAGCUUUUUAAAAAGGCGCAGCUGACAUUUGAAACAAAAUCUAGUGUCCUGGAAGCUGUGGAGAUGAUAACUGGGUUUCUGGCAGGAACCUCGCUGCUUGGCGAUUGUAUUACUUUUAAGUCUGCUCUUUUUUUUUUUUUUUUUGUAAGUGAUGGCAUUUUUAUAAACACAUUGGGAUUACAAAAGCUCUCAGAUAUUAUUCAGAUUGUUUUCAGCAGUGAUCCACCAGAUGGCAGUAUUGCUCUUGCCCUGGAGCAGAACAUUGGAAAGCAUUAUAAGGUACAUAUCCAACCAGAUAACAGCAAUCAGAAAAAGAAACAGAAUACUGAUAUAUGGUCAGCAUCUGCAACAAAAAAGCAAGGGAAAGUAUUGAGUUACUGGUGCUUCUCCCCUGGAUUUAGCAUGAAUGAGCUGGUACGCCAAGGAGUACGAUCCAUCAUCCUGACAAGCGGAACCCUCUCCCCACUCUCCUCUUUCACAUCCGAAAUGCAGAUUGAGUUUCCUGUUACCCUGGAAAACCCCCAUGUGAUUGAUAAACAUCAGAUCUUUGUAGGAAUUGUCCCUAAAGGGCCAGAUGGGAUCCAGCUGAGUUCAGCGUUUGACAAAAGGUUUACACCUGAUUACAUGGCAUCUCUGGGAAAGACUGUCACUAAUGUUGGACGCGUGGUACCACAUGGGUUAUUGGUUUUCUUUUCUUCCUACCCUGUCAUGGAUAAAACUAUUGAGUACUGGAAGGAUAAUGGGCACAGUAGCCGAAUAGAAGACAUGAAGCCCAUGUUUGUGGAACCAAGGAAUAAAGGAGCCUUCACAGAGGUUAUGGACGGUUAUUAUGCAAAAGUCAGUGAUCCAAAAACAAAUGGAGCAAGCUUCUUUGCAGUGUGCAGAGGAAAGGCUAGUGAAGGGCUGGAUUUCUCAGAAACAAAUGGCAGGGUGGUCAUCAUCACAGGUCUACCGUUUCCCCCUAGAAUGGACCCCAAAGUUAUUUUAAAGAUGCAGUUUCUGGAUGAAAUGCGAAGGAAAGCAACUGGUGGAGUAAAGUUUUUAUCAGGGCAGGAAUGGUACAGGCAACAGGCCUCUCGAGCUGUGAAUCAGGCCAUAGGCAGAGUCAUCAGGCAUCGACAGGAUUUUGGAGCAAUAUUUCUCUGUGAUCACAGGUUUAUGAAUACCGAUGCUAGAGCACAGCUGCCAUCGUGGGUCCGUCCCUUUGUAAAAGUGUAUGACAACUUUGGGCACAUAAUCCGUGAUGUGUCCCAGUUUUUCACAGUUGCUCAGAAAAUCAUGCCACCCCCCAAGAGCAAGUUUUCAGCCAACUGUGGUGCAGUUUGUUCAGCUGAAGAUGCAUCCAGUGGCUGCUCGUCGUCUGGUGGCUCAUUCUCAUCUGGUGGGAACUCUUUUGUGAGGAAAGCCAAGAUGUUGGAUUCCCACGUGCCAAGUCUUAAAAAAAGACGGCUAGAUGGUGGUUUGCACUCCGACGGGGAUGGCAUGGCAAGUCUUUGUAUCGAGUAUGAAACUGAUAUGGAUUCGGUGCGAAGGAAGCCAGUGGGUCUGCUGGAUGCUCUGGAGCACAAUGAUAAAAAGCCAGGGCAAGAGACGGAAAAACUUGUAGGGGAAGAAAAGGCUGGGCGUCUGUCAACAUUGUCUCUGCAACAUGACAAGCGCAUGGAGGAUGAGCAGCGGGGAGGCAGAAAGAAAAUUAAACUGGUCCAUGAUUGGAAGAAGAAUGAAGUGCCAGCCUCUGAGCAGACCAAAGCUGAAAAGGCCAAGCUUUUCAUGGCUGCAGUAAGGAAGUCGCUGAGUCAGGCGAAUUCUGAUCACUUCACACAGGCAAUGCAGAAAUACAAGAAAACUGAUGACUUUGAAGCCAUGCUGGCUGACCUGGCCUCUCUCUUCACUGGGGAUCCAAAUAAGCAUUGCUUAUUAAGAGAUUUUUAUCAGUUUGUUCGUCCGCAUCACAAAAAGCAGUUUGAUGAGGCCUGUUGUGAACUGACUGGGGAGGGAUGUGGCUAUAAACCUGAACACUCUUUGUCCAAGGAGGAGAAAGAGAAAUUAAUGCAAACAGCAGUGGAAUCCCACUUGCCAGUUCAGUUGGUUUCCAAGGAGAAGAAUAUGUCUGCACCACAGAAGCUAUAUCUUGAAGUGUACCUUGAGGAUGUGAAAAGGGCAUUGGGGCCCACCAAGUACAAACAGUUCUACAUGGCAAUACAGACAUAUAAAAGGACAGAUAAUUACGACAACAUGGUUUCUGAAACUGUAGCCCUUUUCACAGAAAAACCAGAGGACUUUCAGUUACUAAGAAGGUUUUCCAUGUUUGUUCGUCCAUACCACAAGCAACAGUUUAUUCAGAUGUCUAAAGAGUUGACAGGAACAGUGGAGGAGACUUGGCAGGAUCAACAGAAAGGAAAAUCAUCUUGCCAAGAUGACAGCAGUGCACACCCUGGAACAAGCUGUGAUCAGUCAGGAAGUGAUUCAUAUGUGAUAACGCUAAUACGGAAAUUAGGACUUGGUAUUCAAAUUGGAGCCGGAUUUGGACACUUUAUUUAUUUGGUCAUUUUGUUUGCAUGAUCGUUAUAGCAUGUUAAACUAACAAUUUAUAUCACAGAAAGCAUACCCAGGAUAAUCAUUUUAGUAUGACCAGUGUUGCAUCGUUGUCUGUCCUCUUAAAUGUUGUAACAUUGUGUUAAUCACUUUGCAAACACGCAAUAUAAAUGCAGGUUAGAAUUAAGUUGUGUUUGUCAUGUGUGCCAUCUGCUUAACAAUAAAGAUCUAUGACUGAUAAAUUA